GCUAGCUUCAAGAUGAACGCCGAAUUGUUAGACAUAAUGUUUCAUCAUGGGGGAAAUUUUGAGAGGGGGAAGGAUGGGAGAUGGACAUACACACCUGACAAUAGGCAUUGUUUGGGUGAUCUGGAUGUGGACAGGUUGGAUGUAUUCUACCUGAGAAAUUACUUCAAAGAGCUAGGCUAUGAGACCAUGAAGGAGGUUUGGUGGCAGGUCCCUGGGAUGAGCCUGGAAGUAGGUUUGAGGCGUUUAGACUCUGAUAAUGAGUUGAGAAAGCUGUGUAAUCAUGGUGGAAAGAACAAUGGGGUAGUGGAUGUCUACAUUGAACAUGGCAUUUCAGAACCUGAAAUAGUACAAGGAGAGGAUGUUGUUAUGCAUGUUGAUGACGAGGUGAGGGAUCUUGGAGAGCAAGCCAAGUCAAAUGUCAGGAUGGUGAAAGACCCCCCUGUCAAACCUACCACCGAGAAGGACCCUCCUAGGAGUUUAAGCAUGGUAACAUACAAGCCCCAAGCUAAAGAGGCGUUACUGAAGAAGAGCAAUGUGAAUUCUAACAUGGAGUCCCAGCCUAAGCCUAAGUCAAAGUGUAAGCCUAAGACAGUUCCCAAACCCAAACCCAUGCCCAGACAGAACAAUGUAACUAGGACUAGGAGAUAUUUUCUAAGGUCUGUAGGAAAAGGUAUUUCAAAAGCAAAGGAAAAUGCUAGUGAUCAUGUUCUUUUAUCCUCUGACUCAGACUCUCAUGACAGCUACGAGAGUGCUGAGGACGAGGCCUAUAAGCCACAAGAGCCGGAUGAUAGCUCAGAUGAAUCGGGCACUGGAUAUACUAUUCCUUCACAGAAGAAGAAAGUCAAGAAACCCAAUGCAAGGAAGAAGGUCCAGGCUGAGAGUGGAAAGGAAAAAGGGAAGGCCAAGGUCUGUGUUGAUGAUGAUGGAUUUGUGGAAGACGUUUCUGAUGAAGAUGUGGACAUUGGAUUUGUGGGGGGAGGUAUAAAGGGGGAUAACCAUGAUGCUUUUGAUCCGGGGUCAGAAUCGGAUGGUGGCAAUUCGUGGCACUCUUUGGAGAUGAAAACACCACCUAAUUCAGAGGAUGAGCUGGUUGGAGAAGAAAGUUCAGAUGAGGUAUUUCCGAUGUUUAGACAGGGUGCUAGAUUCGGGGAACUACAUUUAGAAGUCGGGAUGAAGUUCAAUACUAAGUGGGAGUUCAAGGAGGCAGUGAGGGAGUUCACUAUACAAGAAGGGAGACGGAUGAGGUUUAGGAAGAAAGAUGGUAAAAGGGUGAGGGCAGUAUGUAAGGUGAAAGAUUGCAAGUGGGUUGUGUACGUAUCAAGGGACCACGAAGACAGUUGCUGGCAAGUUAAGACUUUCUUCAAUGACCACACUUGUCCACGAGAGGAUAAAAACAGGGUAGCAAAUAGAAAUUGGGUUGCAGGUAAGUUGGUAAAAAAACUAAGGAAAUAUCCCAAUUUCAGGAACUGUGAGGCUACAACAUAUUUCAAGACGAAAUAUGACUUGUCGCUCAAUAGGAACUCUAUAUCACAGGCACUGUGUGAUGCUAGAAAUAUAGUCUAUGGGGAUGCCAAGGAGCAACAUGCUAUGCUUAGGGACUAUGGUGAAACACUAUUGAAAACAAACUCGGGAUCAACUGUUCAGAUAUGCACAAAGCCACAGCCUAGUGGUGAGGUCAUAUUUGAGAGGAUGUAUGUCUGCUUGAGUGGCUGCAAGUCAGGUUUCAAGGCUGGCUGUCGUCCGUUAAUUGGACUUGAUGGGGCUUUUCUAAAAACUGUUUUCGGGGGGCAAAUUCUAUCGGCUGUUGGACAAGAUGCUAAUCAUCAUGUCUAUGUCAUUGCCUGGGCAGUUGUGGAAGUGGAGAACUUUGAGAAUUGGAAGUGGUUUCUAGAGUUGCUACAUGAGGAUCUUGGAGACUACAAGACCCAUGGGUGGAACUUCAUCUCUGAUAUGCAAAAGGUACUAUUAUGGUGAUCGAUUUUCAAAGUUAGGGACUAUUAUGGUGAACGAUUGGCAAAGUUAGGGACUAUUAUGGUUAUCGUUAUGCAAAGUUAGGGACUAUUAUGGUGAUCGAUU